AUGAGAGAAUGUGGGAAAUGCAAAUCCAGUGAGUACACUAAUAAAAAUCUAGUGAUGAUGGUCAACGAAUGUGGGCAUCCGUUGUGCAGAAAUUGUGUCGAUAAUCUUUUUGCUCGAAACACUGCUCCAUGUCAUGUCUGUGGCAAAACUUUGCGUCGCAACAAUUUUUGGGAGCAAGUGUUCGAUGAUCCUUUGAUAGAGAAAGAAGCUCACAUUCGCCGACGUCUGAGAAAGAUAUACAACCUGAAAAAAGACGACUUUCCUUCUCUUCGAGAAUUCAACGAUUAUUUAGAAAGAUUCGAAACUAUUGUCUGCAACCUUGCAUGCGGUGUGGACGUUGAAGAAACGGAGGCAGAGAUUGCAGAGUUUAAAGAAGCUAAUCAGGAGUUGAUAGAGCGUAAUAAGAAGAGGUUAGACGAAGAUCAGAUAUGGAUAAUACAGAAUCUCAAGGAAGAUCGUGAAAUGAAAAACCGUGUUGAUUAUAAUGAAGAAAUGAGAUCGGCAGUGAAAGACACCAAAGCAAUUAUGGAGGAGUUGCGUGAAUCAAAUGUUCCCGCUGAAGUAAUCCUCGAUAGAGAAAGAAAACGUCAAAUUGAACAAGAAUUAGAGGAAAAGGAGGAAGCUGCUAGAAGAAAGAAGCGAAAUAAAGAAAUCUUGCAAGAUCGAAAGCGCAUGGCAGAGUCAAUGUCCUUCUCAACUUCACAACGGUCAUCAGGAAGAACAUUUGUGUACAAACAACCUAGACUGCUUAUCAAUGGACCCGGUCUUCCAAGUCAAGAAGAACUUGAGUCGAAAGGGUACUUGCAGCAUGUGCGCGCUUCUAGUUUGGUAAGAGUCGAAUGGCUGGAGGAUUUACAACUCACACUGGUUGUCUGCGAGCACUUUUCGAAAGCAGGAUUGAUCUCCUUAGUUUCUGAAUAUGUAGAAGCUUGGUCGCUCUGUGAUAGGAUUUUGUGCGAACGACGUGAUCCUCUAGCUUGUUGCUUUGCAGCUCAAACAUUACGUCAAAAGAUUAUGAAGUCGUUGGGUGAAUUGCCUAGAGGAAGCUAUUUCUCAUUACGGGAGUCUUUAAUAUCGCACCUGAGUCAAAUUGAUGUCUCUAGUCACGAUCAGGUAGCAGAUGCGACUGCAACGCAGUUAUGCCUUGCUGUUGCCGACUUAUACAUUCAAGUUCCUGAGUGGAAUAACUGGGUUACUGAGCUGCUCAAUCGGUUCUCUGCACUAGAAGGAGAUAGAACUCGCAUGCUGCUAACUUUGCUACGGGUGUUCCCAGAAGAGGUUCAGCUUUCGAAAGUUGGAGAGAAUCGUCGGAAUGAAAUUCGCAAUGAGUUGGCAUGUAGUGGAACAAGUGUUACAAGUUACUUGUCACAAGUAUUGGAGAGUUACUCUAAUGACCACGACAUGAUAAAAAAGGUCUUAUUGUGUCUUUCCGCUUAUCUACAGAAUCCAGCCUUAUCGACCGACCAUCUGGCUACCAGCCCUCUCCUUACCAAUGUCUUCCAAAUUCUUGUGAAACUUUAUGUGUCUUAUAUGGGAACACUAUUGAAGGCUGCUCCAAAUGCGCCAAAUCCCCUUCAUGAUGCCGCCACCGAAUGCAUUGUUUCGGCACUCAUACGAGCCGAGGAUCAUGGAGCCCAUCAGGCACUCGCAAAGUGUCUUCAGUCCUCUAUUUAUCAUCUUCAUGGAGCAUUUAAUAACGCAGUUGCUGUUGAAGAUAUGGACAAGCAAGUUGUUCAGAAUUUGUUUUACUUUUAUUACUAUUAUUACUAUCAACAGAUGAAAGUAAAUGCUAAUUGGCAGUCUUGUCUCAUGCUGCAGAAUUUCGCCCGUAUCUUUGUCGAGCUUGCUGAGUCUUUGUUAGAAAAAAUUGUUAAUGAGGGAAGUGUUGAUCCCAACAGCAUGGGUAGUAUGUACACGCUUGAACUUCUCCUUUUACUGGCAGGACAUCACGACUACUCGUUGGUCGAAAUGACUUUCAACAUUUGGUAUCGGAUUUCGGAAGGCCUGUUCAGUUUCGAAGAUGACCAGCACAUAGAGAAAUUUAAGCCUUAUGUAAUAAGGUACUUGGAUGCCCUCUAUCGUCAUUGCCGUUAUGAUACCGAAGAGGAGGGGAUCCCAGACCGUGAUGGUGACUUUGCCGACUUUCGUCUCAAGGUCUGGUUGUUCUUGCACGACGUCGAAACUCAUCAAAAUUUUUCUAGCGAUGAUUCAUCCUUAUAG